AGUGAGGAAGCCGGGGCGCCUGGGCCGAAGCUGCCGGGUAGUCUUUGGCCCCGCGUCCCUCGCCCCCGCGCAUGCGUUAUGAGUUGAGCCUCUCGCACUGAGGCGGGGCGAAAGGACGGAUUUUAUUUUCUUGUUCCCGCCCCUCUUCUUCCCCCACCUGCCACGUACAAGGCCGGAGCUCUCGCUAGGCUAGUUGGGUCUGUGCGAUUGGCUGGGGCCCGCGGCAGUCUGCGAGCUAGGUGCGGCGGCCGCGGAGGGCUACCGAGCGGGUCCUGUCUGCACCCUCCCUGAGACGCCCAGAGCCGGUCUGCGGCGGUGGCCUCACAUCGCUCCGUCCACGGAGUCCAGCGCAAAGGCGACGGCCUUGUAAGCUGGUAACUGCAUAAAUGGGGAACAGCCUUAGGAAAGAAGCAUUGGUUCCUGGCUGCAGGGAAUUUACAGUUGAUGAGAAACGCCAAAAGUGAAUUUGCUGUCUUUCCCUAGAGUUAUAUAAGAACAUCCUGGAGUCCACCAUGAAUGGACAGUUGGACCUAAGUGGGAAGCUAAUUAUCAAAGCUCAACUUGGGGAGGAUAUUCGAAGAAUUCCCAUUCAUAAUGAAGAUAUUACUUAUGAUGAAUUAGUGCUAAUGAUGCAGCGAGUUUUCAGAGGAAAACUUCUAAGUAAUGAUGAAGUUACAAUAAAGUAUAAAGAUGAAGAUGGAGAUCUUAUAACAAUUUUUGAUAGUUCUGACCUUUCCUUUGCUAUUCAGUGUAGUAGGAUACUGAAACUGACAUUAUUUGUUAAUGGCCAACCAAGACCCCUCGAAUCAAGUCAGGUAAAAUAUCUCCGUCGAGAAUUGAUAGAACUUAGGAAUAAAGUGAAUCGCUUAUUGGAUAGCUUGGAACCACCUGGAGAACCAGGACCUUCCACCAAUAUUCCUGAAAAUGAUACUGUGGAUGGUAGGGAAGAAAAGCCUGCUGCUUCUGAUUCUUCUGGAAAACAGUCUACUCAGGUUAUGGCAGCAAGUAUGUCAGCUUUUGAUCCUUUGAAAAACCAAGAUGAAAUCAAUAAAAAUGUAAUGUCAGCAUUUGGUUUAACAGAUGAUCAGGUUUCAGGGCCACCCAGUGCUCCUGCAGAAGACCGUUCAGGAACGCCUGACAGCAUUGCUUCCUCCUCUUCAGCAGCUCACCCACCAGGAGUUCAGCCACAACAGCCUCCAUAUACAGGAGCCCAGACACAAGCAGGUCAGAUUGAAGGUCAGAUGUACCAGCAGUACCAGCAGCAAGCCGGCUACGGUGCCCAACAACCUCAGGCUCCACCUCAGCCACCCCAGCAGUAUGGUAUUCAGUAUUCAGCUAGCUAUAGUCAGCAGACUGGACCCCAACAACCUCAGCAGUUCCAGGGAUAUGGCCAGCAACCAACUUCCCAGGCACCGGCUCCUACCUUUUCUGGUCAGCCUCAGCAGCUGGCUGCUCAACCGCCACAGCAGUACCAGGCGAGCAGUUAUCCUCCACAACCUUACACUACCCAAACGUCUCAGCCUACUAAUUAUACUGUGGCCCCUGCCUCUCAGCCUGGAAUGGCUCCAAGCCAACCUGGGGCUUAUCAACCAAGACCAAGUUUUACUCCACCUUCUGGAAGUACCAUGACCCCUCCUCCAAGUGGGCCUAACCCUUAUGCACGUAACCGUCCUCCCUUUGGUCAGGGCUAUACCCAACCUGGACCUGGUUAUCGAUAAGGAGGCCAGCUACACUGAUGAAUGUAGCUGCUAGCUGUUUGUCUCCUAAAAGACUCCAAUACUAUUUUAUUUUAAUUUGUAUUGAAGUUAAUUCAAAAGGCAGAGCAUUUUUUUGAUAUCAUUGUUGCUGUUAAUUGAAAGUAUAAUUUGCUAGAACAAAAGACCAAAAUGAAAGUCGUUUUUCUUCCUCCCCUGCUUAAAAGUGUAACAGCUUUUUAGUUAUUUUGGAACACUACAUUUACAUGUGUGUAAAGUGAUUGGCUUUCUAGCUUCCCUUGUCCAGAGGAUAUUAAAAUGCUAGGUUGAGGUUAAGCCAUCAUACUUGGCUUUCUACUAUUAACAUGAUGUACUAAAGUAGAGACAAUGACUAGAUAUUAUGGAUAAAAUGUAACAUUGAUAGGUUAAUAAAGGUGAUUGAAUCCA